UAUUCUAUUUAGCUAACUAUAUUAGGCUGUUUUCUUCAUGUGAUGAUGUUAGAAGCGUAUUACGUUAGUCAGUAUCCUUUUCACAGACAACAACCUUCGUAAUCUUGGAUUAGUGCAGAGUUCAAUUAUAUUAGUUAAGGACAAGAUUGCUGAUACCAGGUAACUGGUACGCUGAAGUUGUUUUUAAUUUUGAUAGCGAUGUGUAGAGAAGUCUGACAUAAAGAAGUUGAAAGAUAAACAGUAGGUUGACAUUUACUCUAGGUGUAUAUUGUGCUUAACAACUUACUGCAAAAUCUGGGGUCAUCGCUUUAAUAAGAUCAAAAGAAGAAUAUGGUUGAUGUGUUUUCUGGUCGGACGCUUCUGAAUAAAGAUGGGGAUCCCGUGGACUCUGAAGAAGCUUUAAGAAAUAAAGUCGUCGGCCUGUAUUUCUCUGCUGGCUGGUGCCCUCCUUGCAGAGAUUUCACGCCGAUUCUCUGUGACUUCUACACUGAGAUUGUUGAGGAAAACGACCCACCUGCCCAGUUCGAAAUAGUUUUUAUCUCAUCAGACAAAACGAAAGAGGACAUGGUGAAGUACAUGCAUGAUAUGCACGGAGACUGGUUGGCGCUGCCAUGGAGUGAUCAGUAUAGUCUUGAAUUAAAAAAGAAGUACAACAUCACAGCCAUACCAAAGCUGGUAAUUGUGAAAGAAAAUGGAGAAGUCAUUACUGAUAAAGGCCGAAAACAAAUCCGGGAUCAAGGAUUUGCCUGCUUCAAAAACUGGCUGGAAGUGGCAGAAAUUUUCCAGAAUUUCUCAGGUUAAACAUAAGUUUUGGUAUGAGUUAGCUCUGCAACAUACUGAGUGUACAUUUGCGCAUUGUUUUAACAUAUCUUUUAAUAGACACCUAUGCAAAUAUAUAAAAUAUUUAGACUUAUUUAGAUCAUUAUGUAAUGUAUUUUUAGAUACGUGUGCAAAGAGAUAGUCCAAAGAGUUUUGUAGCUUGCAGAGGAAUGUAUUUAUGUAUUAAAUUUAUAUACGGCAACCAGACAAAACUUAUAUUUGGGCUUUGGCAGACAGGCUCAUUUAAUAGAAAUUGCCAAUUUCAAUGUCUCAUUUAUAUUGAUUUCCUCAUUUUAUCAAGCAUCCAACAGUUUUAAGUGAAUUCAGUGGAUGGAAGAUCAAAAAAAUGUAACAUUUAAAGUCAGUCAUCUAAGCUAAAAUGCUCUUACCAGUCCAAUGCCAGAUGUUGUUACUGACAUCUUAACAUCGUCCAUUGCAAGGAAUGAGUAAUUAAUGUAUAGGAUAGUUGUGGGAAAGCUAUUGGCAUCUAGCUAUCUGUUGGAAUUAAAUGUAUUGACAAUGUAGUAGUGUGGCAUACAUAUCUUUACAGGUACACUUAACAUUAAUAUAGCAAUAGAAUGCUUCCCUUUUUUGUAUUUAGUUAUAUGUAAGAUUAAACAAAUGUAUGAUCACCUGUACAUUUCUUGGUACUGCCUUCCUAAUAAUAUUUGUAGCCACAAAAUCUUUAGAAAUGUUGUUUUUUUUAUUAUUAUUAUUAUUAUUACUGCUUUCAAUAAAUAGACCUAUUUAUUUAAACAUGCAGUUGUUGUUUGUAGUUUUAAAGGAGCCACACUGCACAAUGGUACGACAGUUUUCUUUUAAAAUGUGAAUAGGCUAUAAUAUACAAAAGUUGAUGUAAAAAAUAUAUUUGAA